UCAAGAUUGUGCCACAGAAACCAGACUCGCCCAGACAGUAACAGACCAGACACACCUGAGCUGCCCCACACGACACCAGGCUGGACUCCAAAUCAUAUAUUAGGAGGAUUUGAGUUGAGGACACGAACACAGACACAACCAGGAGCGUCUUAUAUAACUGAGGAAGCUCCCCUGCAUCAGAAGUGUCGUCCGCCCUCACUCUUUAACAUUCUAGUGGUUCGAGCCGCUCCUGUCCUGCCUGACCGGUGGUGGUGUUGGUCAGACAGCGGGCAGUGCCAUGCCCCAGGCGUAAGUGCGUGUCUCCUGGCAGACUCAGGCGUGGUGGGCCGCCGGUGGGCGUCUGGCUGCAGGAGGUGAUGAAGCUGAAGCAGCGUGUGGUGGUGCUGUGUGCUGUGCUCUUUCUCCUCGGCCUGGCCAAGGUUUUCUUGCUGGAUGGAGGCGAGGGAUCGGCCGCCAGCCGCCGUGACCUGCGGGCCUUCCGUACGAUGGAGGCCAGCCUGGCCCUGGCCAAGGGAGCUCGCCUCACGCACACCCUGCAGUCGCCCUGGGAAGUGGCCGCACAGUGGGUGGGUCCGCGGGAGGUGUACCCGGACGAAACGCCCGAGCUAGCCGCUGUGCUGAACGCCCUGGCCACCGCUCGCGUGGAGAGGGCCGACGUGGGCUAUAAAGGCACCCAGCUGAAAGCCCUCCUAGUGCUCGACGGAGGACAGAAAGUGGUAUUCAAACCCAAGAGGUACACUAGAGAUUAUGUGGUUGAAGGAGAGCCGUACGCAGGGUACGAUCGGCAUAAUGCAGAAAUUGCUGCUUUCCACUUGGACAGGAUCCUAGGUUUUAGAAGAGCACCCCUGGUGGUGGGGAGGUUUAUGAAUCUGCGUACUGAGAUUAAGCCAGUAGCUACAGAUCAACUGCUGAGCACUUUCCUGAUGCACGGAAAUAAUACAUGUUUCUAUGGGAAGUGUUAUUACUGCCGUGAGACUGAGCCUGCCUGUGCAGAGGGGGAUGUGAUGGAGGGAUCGGUUACCCUGUGGCUCCCUGACGUCUGGCCCUUACAGAAACACAGACACCCAUGGGGACGGACAUACCGAGAGGGCAAACUCGCCAGGUGGGAGUAUGAUGAGAGCUACUGCGAGGCGGUGAAGAAAAUGCCUCCUUACGAUGCCGGUCCACGGCUCCUGGAUGUUAUCGACACAGCCAUCUUUGAUUACCUUAUCGGUAAUGCAGAUCGCCAUCACUAUGAGAGUUUCCAAGACGAUGGAGGAGCCAGUAUGCUCAUCCUUCUGGACAACGCCAAAAGUUUUGGGAACCCAGCUCUGGACGAGAGGAGUAUUCUCGCCCCUCUUUAUCAGUGUUGCAUGGUCCGUGUUUCCACCUGGAACAGGCUAAACCUGCUAAAAGGUGGAGUGUUGAGUUCAGCGAUGCGACAGGCCACAGGCCACGAUCCCGCCUUUCCGGUGCUAAUGGGGCCGCAUCUCGCCGCGCUCGACCGCCGUCUCAACGGAGUGCUGGCAACCGUGCGGCAGUGCAUGGAGACGCAGGGCGCUGACAACACGCUGAUCGAGGACCGCAUGAACCUGCCUCAUCCUUAAACACACUGGAGAAACAAGGGAAGUGAAGAUGUGUUUGACUCUUAAUGCACAGGCUCCUUUCGCCUUCCUGCUAUGGAGCCAGAGAAGCGGAGGCCACAAAAAGCCUUAUGAGCCCGACCUGGUGGAGUUUGAUUUUCACUGGGUUCAAGUCAGACCACAGAGGCCAAGAAGACUCUCCAAACUGUUUUUUCUUGCUCUCUGGAUGGAGUGAGGAGGCCUUGACAACAUGUAGGUGGACUGCACUUCACCUUUUUACUGUUAUUGUUUGUCUUUUUUUCUUUUGCCAUCCAAGUCCGUUUGCUUGAAGAUGGAUUAACGUUUUUUCAGAGUUACAGAUGUGGAUCUUGGAAUGAGAUCUUUGGAGUAAUUAGACUGAGGAAGCUGGAAGACGGAUCCAGAAGACUUAAUAGAACUUCCCCAUUGUGUCUCCCACAUUGUAUAUACAGAACAAACUUUUGAAUAAUACCGAGUAAUAAUAAUAUUGAUCUAAAGAUAAAAUGAAUUAUGAUAGACUCACUGUGUUCUGUAUGCAGGAUGAACACAGUGUUUGAACAGAGCUGGGUGGCUGUUGCUACUGAUGUUCAGAGAAGAUGGUGAAGACGACAGCAUUGUAAGAUUGCUGUGGGGCAUUUUCAGCAUUAAAAAUUAAUAUUUAAACUUACAGAAGUUUGUGUGUAUGAACCAUUUGUUCACCCUUUCUUAUUUAAAGA